ACACAAAGCGCGACUUCUACAUUAGGUUUUCGCAAACACUCUGAGAAGCACGCUCACAAUGGAUCUAUUAACGGAAGAAGAAAUUAAAUCAAUUGCGAAAAAACGUGGUUUUAAUAAAGUACUAAGAUGGAGAUGGGAGGAGUUCUCUGAUAAAGCUAUUGGGCAUUUAGGAGACCAUAUAAAAUUGUUCUUGGAUGUGGAAGGAAAUGGGACCAGUUUGACUCUCAAUCUGUUUGUGAAGUGCAUGCCAAGGUCCGACGAAUGGAAGGCAGAAUACAUUAAAGAGCUCGGUUUCUUCAACAAGGAGUACGUUAUGUUGAGCCAACUGUUUAACAAUUUUGAAAAUGGUACAGGGUACCGAAAAUGGCGUCCAGAUCUGCUAUUUAUAAAGGAAAAUAUUUUUGUAUUUGAAAACGUCUCAUUCGAUGGAUACGUGAUGCCUCUUCAGGAGGAUACGAUGAGUUUCGAAGAACUGAAGGCAUCUGUGGAAACAUUAGCACGAUUUCAUGCGCAAUCCUAUAUCUAUGAAGAGAGAAAAAGCAAAGAACUUGGUAGACCUUAUAGGAUAUGGGAAGAUUAUAGUGAAUACCUGCAGGAACGCACUUUUCAAACUGAUUGGCGGGACACGGGAAGAAACGCUGCCAUGGACUAUCUCAAAAUCUAUUCUAAAUACAAGUCUGAACCAAACUUCAAUAGGUACAUAGACUCAAUAGUGCCAGGAUUAUUUACAAAAGGCCUAGAGCUGAUGCAACCUAGUAAAGAAUAUCGGAACGCAGUAGUUCAUCGAGAUCUUUGGAGCAACAACAUUUUAAUAAAGAAGGAACGGAUCUCACCACCCCAUGUUCUGAUCGUUGACUUUCAAACAGUUAUAUACACUUCUCCAUUGCUUGACCUCUCAUCGUUGAUAUAUUUCAAUACUACCAGAGGAGAUAGAGAUAUUUGGACUGAUGAUUUCAUAGAAGUUUAUUAUACUGUGUUAUCUGAAGAGCUAGAAGCUUCAGGGAUAGAUGUAAAUAGUAUAUUAGACAAGGCUUCAUUAAGAGACGCUUAUGAGAAAAGUAGGUUGUUUGCAAUUACACAGGCGGCUCUCAUAACCCCGGUUAUAGCGAUGACUAAAGAAAAAUGCGAGGCGAUAUUUUUUAAUCCAGAAUCGGUAAGACGACUUAAUGUAGAAAGUCGCAGUCAAGAGUUGAUUGAUGUUGCAAAAGAAGAUGAGAAUUAUAAGGCCAGAGUAACGGAAUUGUUAGAUGAAAUUGUUGAGCGAUAUGUAUUCCCAAAACCAUCUACGUAAUAACCUAAUAGGUGUCGUAAUAAAUGCUGCUGGUAGAAUAGAAAUAAAUAAAUUUUGGUAAAGUAAUUGUAACAAUAAAGGAAAGACUAUUUAAUUUAUUCAUAGGUAUCUACUUAACUACAUAUAUUUUGUGUAUACUUAUUUCUUGUUACACCUUAUCUACUGCUACUUAUUUCUUAAUUGUGUAUGAUAACUAAUGCUAAUAAUAAUUAUAAAGUAUUAAACUAAAUAAAUAAAGUCUUAUCACAACAA